AUAUUGUUGCUUUUACUUAGACCAUUCAGAUAUGGAACAUAUUCCACAUUUUUCUUCUGUUUAUGAGAUGGAAGUUCAUUAUGGUAUUAUAUUAAUAAAGAAAAGUGGUUUCUUCUUUCACUGGCUAUGUUAAAUGCAGGUUCAGAAAUUUCAAAACUAUAGCUUACCUUCUAGAUUAUUUUAGUUUCUUUAAAAUGACAGCAGAGGGCACUGUGGUAUUUAGCUUUUCAAAACCUAUGUUAAAAUUAGAAAGUUGUUGACAUUUUUAUGUGUAAUGCAGUAUAUCUGUUUAAGUAAUUCAGUAAGAAGCUAUGGUACUCUUUGUUCUUUGUUUUUCACUCUGUUGGGACUGUAAAAUUUUGUUGAGUAUUAGAAAAUUUGAGAUGUCCUACUUUUCUGGGCUCUACUUUUUUUUUUCAUUUUUCUGGGCUCUACAUUUCCUUUUAUUUAGUGAGUAAAGGAUAUCCUUUAAAAAUAGUAAUUCUUGUAAAUCAAUUCUCUAAUCCUUCAAGUUUGCCUAUGUGAGAUUAUCUUGAUUAAAAUCAGUACUUUGGGAAAAAUAGCUUUCGGUGAAUAUUGUGUAAGAAAUUUAUUUAAACUUUGGUGUUUUUUGUAGGUCCUAGCAUCUCUAGUCCUGUGUCAGAUGUAGUUUUAUUAGCCUACCGGCUGUCAGAGAUAGCAUGCUGAAGGUGACAGAUUAUCUUGUACUAUAGUAUUCACUUCAGAAGUGAGUCAACCUUAGUCUGACAGGAAGCCUCCAUAUUUAUUCCUGCAUCCUUAAUGAGAAAAGAUGAAAGAGCUUACUUGAUAAAAUUCCCUUAAGGAAAAUAUUUGAAGAUUCCAUCAGUAUCUUAAGAAUAUAAUUAACUUUAAUCGAUUAUACAGAUUUUAAAGGAGAUAAACACCAUUGAGUGGAAAAACAGUAUUUAUGGUACAUUGGUAUAUGUAGAGAAAGAAAAUAUCUCAGCUGUUACUUUGGUCAUGCUAUUUAAGUUCUACUCCUAUAGGGUUGCUAUGAGUUAGAAUCAACUUGACGGCAGUGGGUUUUAUAAGUUAGCUGAACACAAAAGCCAUAGCAUGAUUACAUUCUCGUGUAGCAUUUAUCUGCUAUUCAGUAGUUAUUCCCCAGACUUUCUUCGUGCCUUUUGGUUACCAGCUUUAUGAAAGAGAAACUGAAAACCUGUGAUGUGCCCAAGGCCACAUAGCAAAACAAUGGCACUGUCAGUGAUAAAUCUUAAUAGUUAUUUCCCAAACUGUGCCCAAUUGGUGAGUUUAUAUUUCUUUAGAUAUUAAUUUUUUUGUCAGAUCUGUAUAAAUUCUAGAAGUAGUUUGAUUUUUAUAUUAAAAUGAAUGUUCAUUAUUUAUCAGUAAUCAGUUUUGAUGUAUAGUUAUCUGUUUUUAACCUGUCAACCGUAAUACUCUAUAGGAAGCAAGGGGCUUUACUUUUAAUCUUUCUAACACCAAACCAGUGGGAACGAAAAAAGCUCCGUGAGGGUAGGAAUCUUUGUUUUAUUGUCCCAAGUGCCUGAUGUCUGGCACAUGGUGUGUGCAAUAAAUAUUUGAAUAAAAUUUGUUGAAUUUGUAAAUUAUUUAAUCCAUUAUCAAUUUAAAAUAUUUAAGCCUUCAAGAGUUAGAAGGUUUUUUUGUCCAUCGGGCAAAGAUUUUAGAUCAAGGAGAUCAGAUACUCUGCACUUACCACUAGUUUGCUGGGAGGUGCUGUGACAGUUGGAAACCUAGUCACCAGCAUAAUGCACGCGGAGCAUUGUAGGGGAGGUAAAAAGUAUGAGAAAGAUUGAUGUUAAAGAUAAUAAGCACAAAUUCAUCUUAGAAAGUGACUUGCUAAAUAUAAAGUUGGUCAGUUGGCAAAUUGUAAAUUUUUUAAGAAAGUAUUUUAUUAGUUUGAAGUAAUUGUAAUCAGAAUUAGUUCAAGAGGACGUGCUUUAAAAUAAAUAGAUAAUGAUGUUGUAUGAGCAUAUCAAAUCAUGAGCCAAAGUAAUUAGUUUUAACUGAAAUCACUGUAAUAGUGUUUGCACAUAAUAUGCUUAGCUGUUUUUCCUUUGGUAAAUAUUUUCGUUAGUAAAUAUUUUUGUCUAUUCUCUUAUGUGCUGCAAUUUAUCAGAGUGAUUGCAAAUUAUAACAAAGGGAGAUCCAAGACUCUGAAUUUCAUUUAUAAUACAAACUAAUUUCUUAAAUAUUAUAGAGCAAGUAAAGAAAGUUUAAAAUUUGAUAUUAAAGAAAAUGAAGGGAUGGCAUGAGAAAUUGUAGGAGAAGGAGAAAGGCAUCCCAAGAUGGAGGUAAGAGGGAAUGUAACGGUAUUAAUUAAUGUAUUCAACAGUAUUUAUUGAGAACCUACUAUGCUGGGUGCUGGUGAUACAGCAGUGAAAAAGUUAGGCCAAUCCUUGCCCCAGUAGCUUACUUACAUCCUAGGAAAGGAAACCUACAUGUGGAUAAUAUAAUGUCAGAUAGCGAUGCAGUACUCCAAAGAAAAAUAAAUCAGGUUCUUAAGGUCACUGUGAGUCGGAAUCGAUUCAAUGGCAGUGGGUUUGGUUUUUUUUUUUUGGAAGAGGAUAGAGAGUGAUAAAGAAGAGGUGGAUUACUUUAGAAAGGGGGAUUGGAGCAAAGACCAUUAUGAAGUGAACGAUCAAGCCAUGCAGAUUAUCUGAGAGAAGAUACUAGGCAGAGAGCUGGUAAUUAGCAUACAAGACUCGUAGUCCACCUGAGCUGUACUGCAGUGCUAGACUGCUCCAAGGACUCCAGCUGCAAAGGAACACUUGAGCCUGCUCUAAUACAAGCUGUGGCUCCUGGCCUAGAUCCUUAUGGUAUCAAGUGUGGCCUAUGGUAGUUAACAGGUUAUAAGACUACUGGAGCUAGUUAGUGAUCGGAAGGCCAAAUUUUCAAUUAGAGGGAGUUCGGUUAAUCCUUGGUCUACAGCAGUGUUGUUUAUUAUUCCUGAUUACUUCUCACAAAAGUUCAUCAGGGUUUGCCAAUUACCAGGUGAAGAUAGGAUUAGAUAAUUGGGCAGGAUUUAAAUAUGAAUUUAAUUCAAGUCACUUGGAAACACAUCAGAGUGGACACCAGUAGGGCCUUGGUUCUCAAACUGUGUUCCUCUCCCCAUUACCCUCCACCUCCCACCCUCACCCUCUAGCCCCCUCCAGCAGUACUAGCAUCACCAGGGAACUUGUUAGAAAUUGCAGAUUUGCAGGCUCACCUUAGCAAUCUGUAGUUUAAGGAGCCCUGCAGGUGAUUCUGAUGCAUGCUGAAGUUUGAAACCAUUGUACUAGAGGAUAAAAAGUUGAACGGAACACCUGCUCUUAGAGGAGCCACUAUCUAGAAGGGAGCGGCAGAUGUGAAAAUAAAAUGUUGUAAUAUGAUGUGGUCAAGUGUUAAAGUAGAAGUGAAAAUAGACAUAUUAAGGAAAUAUGUAGGAAUAUAAAUGAAAGACAAUGAAUUCAGCCCUUGGAGUAAGAGAAACUUGAAAACAAGGGAAGAGAGGAAGGUCCUGGAGUAUAAACAACAUGGUGGUGGUUAGGUACUGUGCUUAAAAUAAUGUGGUAAGUAUUAUACUCCACAUAUUUGUGACUUAAGUUGGCUUUGUGGACUGGGCUAAGAAUCUAACCAGUUCCAGAUAACCAACGUUUGGAGCAGAGUUAGUAAAUGUUUCUAUUGGUUCCUAGAUUUGAAGAUAGUUUUAUUUCUUUAGAGAGUUGUAUUCUGUUAUUUAGAUUUUUAAAGCUGUAUUUUAGAAGGCAAAAAAUGUUUCAGUUUGAUUUAUUUUUUAAAAUUAGUCUUCUUUGACAUUUUCACUGAGCUCAUUCACUGAGUCCAUUGAGGAUAAAUUGUUCAUUUUUGUAGAGUUUAAAAAGGGCAGUUUGUAUAAAAGUUGAUUUUAUGAUACCACUGAGGAGCUACAGUUAUAUUGAAGUUGUGAAUGAUUUUAAAAAUGCCUCAGAUAAAUUGGAGUUAAAUUCAGUUUAAUAAAAAUGCUACAUAACACAUUUAUUGAAUGGUAUCAUGUAUUAUAAAACAUAUAGUAAUAGGUGGUUCAUCUACUAAAGGUUAGAAAUCAACCUUUUAGGUGAAUGCUACUAUGGCAGCAUAGGCUACUAAGACUUUUGUCUGUAAAAGAUUAAAGCAAAGGGUUUUGAACCCACACUUUUUCUUUUGACAAAAUUUGAAUGGAGUUAAUAAUAAUAAUAAUAAUAAUAAAAUUCCAAGUUGAACUCCAUUCCACGUGUAGAAAUACUACUAGGUUGUAACUACUCUGUUUAAACUGCCUGGUUAUACUGGAGAAACACCAAUUUUUACCUGACUUUUUUGUUGCAUAAUGUAUUCAGUCUUUGGAUCAUUUUAGUUUGUGUUUUUGAUAAAAGACAAUUCAAGAUUUUCAGCAUCAUUUUUACUAACCAUAUUCGAUAUAUUUUUUAUAGCUUAACUUUUAUUAUAAUAAAAUGAUUUUUCGUGCUUUUAUCAGAAUUUGGGCUUUUAUCUUCUUCUGGCAUAAAGUUUUUAUAUAUGAUUCAGGAAAAUAUGUAGCCUUCCACUCCUUUCUCUCCUUUCUGUAAUCAUAGUCCUGAAAUAGGGAAUAGGUAAAUAUUAUCAGUGCUAAAAGUUUUAGUCUAGAUUGAAGAUGCUGACUUUGACCUGGAUGCAGUACAGCUGUUGCCUGAAUCCAAUGCCUUUUUAGGUAUAGCUAGAUGCUAUGCCUAGUUUCUGAUAAAGAUCAAAGACCACAGCCUUCAGUAUGGGUUACACUUCAACAUAAAGGAAACAGAAAUCCUCACAACUGGACCAAUAAGCAACAUCGCGAUAAAGAGAGGAAAAUACGGAUGUUGUCAAGGAUUUCAUUUUACUUAGAUCCACAAUCAAUGCCCAUGGAAGCAGCAGUCAAGAAAUCAAAUGAUGUAUUGCACUGGGCAAAUCUGCUGCAAAGGACGUUUUUAAAGGGUUCAAAAGCAAAGAUGUCACUUUACCCGAGCCAUGAUAUUUUCAGUUGCCUCAUUUGCACGUGAAAGUUGGACGAUGAAUAAGGAAGACUGAAGAAGAAUUGAUGCCGUCAAAUUACAGUGUUGGCAAAGGAUAUUGAAUAUAUCAUGGAUUUCCAGAAGAACAAAUAAAUCUGUCUUAGAAGAAGUACAGCCAGAAUGCUGCUUAGACGCAAGGUUGGUGAGACUUUGUCUCAUGUACUUUGGACAUGUUAUCAGGAGGGACCAAUCUCUGGAGAAAAACAUCAUGCUUGGUAAAGUAGAGGGUCAACAAAAAAGAGGACGAGACUCAAUGAGAUGGAUUGACACAGUAGCUGCAACACCAGGCUUGAGCAUAGCACGAUUGUGAGGAUGGUGCAGAACUGGGCAGUGUUUUGUUCUGUUGUACAUGGGGUUGCUAUGAGUCGGAAUCAACUUGAUGGCACCUGUGAUUGUUAAGGUUGUGUAUCAACUUGGCUGGGCCACGAUUCUUACUGGUUUGGCAGUUAUGAUGUAGUUUGGCAGUUGUAUACUGAUGUGAUCACCUGUAUGAUGAGAUUUGAUAUAAUGUGAUCACCUCCAUGAUGGGAUCUGCUGUGAGUAGCCAAUUAGUUAAAAGGGAGUUUCCUUGGGAGUGUGACCUGCAUCUGAUAUAGAUGUGGCCUGCAUUCAAUAUGGGUGGGCUUUCUGGCAAGGCUAGUGGGCUGUCACUCACUGUGUGUCCUGAAGCUGGCUCCUGUUUGUCUGACCUCCAGUUCUUAGGACUUGAGCUAGAAGCUUACCUGCCAUCUUGCGUUCAGAUCUUGGGAUUGUCAGUCUUCGCAGCCUUUGAGCCAGAACCCCACUGUCUGACCUGCCAGUCUUGGGUCCACCAGCUCUUGUGGCUGCAUGAAUCAGGAGAAGCAUCUGUCCUGACCCAUGGACUUGGGAUGUUCCAGCCUCUACAACUGCGUGAGCCAUUUCCUUGCCGGCCUCAGAAAGUGUGUUUAUGUCCAUUUCUACCAGUGCAUCCUCUACACAUCUCUACCCACUUGUACAUAAUUCAGCAUCCAGCAGAGGAAAACAAAGUGUUGCGGACAGUUCCUCUACUAGCAGCAUGCCUUCCCAAGGACAAGUGUAAAGUCAAGAUUGGUCGUCGCUUCAGUGAAGAAAGGGAUCCUGAACUUUCAGCUGUUUGCCAAAAAUCUGGUACAUUAAUAUUAUAUCCGGGGGCUGAAGCUGCUAAUUUGGAAGAAUUUAUAUUAGAUUCUCCUGUUUAUCCUUCCACAAUCAUCAUCAUUGAUGGUACAUGGAGCCAGGCCAAGGAUAUUUUCUAUAAGAAUUCCUUGUUCCGACUUCCCAAACAGGUGCAGUUAAAAACUAGCAUUUCUAGCCAGUAUGUAAUACGAAUGCAGCCAACUAAUAGUUGCCUUUCUACACUGGAGUGUGCAGCUGUUGCUCUUUCCAUCUUAGAGAAGAAUAAUUAUAUACAAGAGACUUUGCUUCGACCUCUUCAAGCUUUAUGCUCUUUCCAGCUUCAGCAUGGUGCUAAAAUUCGCCUCAGCAAGGAACAUCUUCUGAAAAAUGGAUUAUAUCCUAAACCUAUGCCAAAGAACAAACGCAAACUCAGGAAAAUGGAACUGUUAAUGAACAGCGUUAAAAUUUAGAACAAUUGUUCCUGUAGUGCUAGUUUACUUGUCUGCAGCUGAAAAUACCACGUUAGAUUUUCAUACAGUUUGUGCGUUUUUGAUUGCUUAUAAGAAAAAGGAGAGUUGUAUACUAAUCUUGCCCAGAAAAAUGAAGUAAACCAAAUAGCCAUAAAAACAAAACAAAAAUUCACUGGCUCAGUGAAAAACAAGAUUUCAUACUGUAUUUGUUUUUGAAAAUGUGCCUCUAAUACAUUUUUUUCAAAUCCAUAAUUUAAAAUGCAAUUAGUAGUUGAGCUGAGUUAGAAAUUACUGUUUACAAAACAGAAGGAAAUUGUGGCUGAUCAGAGUAAGAUUGUUUCCACUAACAUUUGUUGGUAAUUAGGUGUAGACCUGUAAUAGAGGAUACCUGCACAACUUUGCAAUCUUGUUCAUGAACUUUAUGAUCUGAAAUAAGUAACAAAAGAAAAUAAUGAUAAUCAAGUAAUUUUGAUUGAACUUGUUCAUUUCAAUAAAAAAGAAAACAGAAUAAUGAAAUUAAGUAUUCUUUAGGGGACUAAACUUGAACUUCGCUGGAGCCCUGGUGGCACAGUGGUUAAGAGCUAUGGCUGCUAACCAAAAGGCUGCCAGUUCAAAUCUACCAGCUGCUCCUUGGAAACUGUGUGGGGCAGUUCUGCUCUGUCUUAUAGGGUCACUGUGAGUUGGAACCGACUCACCGGCACCUAACAACAAGGACAACUAAUUAGUGAAUAUAAUUUUAAAAUAGACCACAUUUUCAUUUGCAGUCACUCUGGAUAAGUUUUUAUUUUUCAGUAUUCAUUGGAAAAGUUUAUAGAGUCAAUGAUAAGCCAGUUUAGUUGACAUUUUCAUAUUUAAAUAACUGAAGUAGACUAUAAUAUAGUUGUAAUUUUGAGAACAUAUUUCUGUAACUAGGGCAUUUACAUGUUUUUAAUUGGCAAAAGCUUUCAAUUUGAGAGAAAAAAAAUUCUCUCCCACUUGAGCAAAUAUUCACUGAGAGUUUAUAUAGGAGACAUGUAUGUAAUGUACAUUUAUGUUUAACUUAAAUCUGCUACAAUUAUAUACACAUUUUGACAAGAAGAGGUCUCUAUAUUUUGUUCUUUAUUUAUUUAUGACAUUUAGGGUUUCCAGCAUCCAGCCCUAACUUGUGAAGGUCAAAACAUGCAAGUUAAGAGUAAGUUUGAUAUAUAUUUUAUGUGUAUGUGUUACAUAAGGAAACCCUGGUGGUGUAGUGGUUAGGAGCUAUGGCUGCUAACCAAAAGGUCAGCAAUUCAAAUCCACCAGGUGCUCCUUGUAAACCCUGUGGGGCAGUUCUGCUCUGGCCUUAGGAUCACUAGGAGUCAGAAUCAACUCCACAGCAGCAGGUUUUUUUUUUUACAUAAGCACACACCAGUUGUUAUUUGUCGCAGUUUUCUUGCUCAUUAAUUUGUUUACUGCUGACCUAGAUUAAAAAAAAAAAAUCCCUUAUUAAAAGCUAUGAUGCUGGUCACAAUUAGAAAGCUAAUGAAUGUUUGGACAAACUAUGCAGAAAAUAUUUUUAAAUGUUAAAAAUUAAGUUUCUGUCUUCCACUGUUGGGUUUUUUUGGAUUUAAAAACAAGUUAGCACAUUUAUAGUCUAAAACACCUAAUACUGAACAUUUAUCUAGGUAUAAUACAGAAGAAAUAGUAUAUAAUAAUAAUUGUUUCUUAACAGAUGAGUUAAAAUCAUCUAGCAGUAAUUUUUUUAUGUUGAAAUUAAAUGUCACAAAUUUCCUUUAUCCAUUCUUAUUACCUUUUUUAGAGAAAAUUCCUACAUAAGACACUAUUUAUAUCUCAAAAUUGGUUGCUUUAACUUGUGUUGGUUUUUAAAAGCAAUUGCUACUUUUAUUUUUCAAAAACAUUUUAGAGUAUUUUUGAACUUUAAGCUUAAAAUUUAGUGUUUUUGGAAAUGUGUAAAAUUUUCUUUAAGAAAGUAUAUAUAAUUUUCAAAUUACCCUUCUACUAAUUUUUAUGGACCUCUUAAGGUGAUUUCAUUUGUUUCAUCUUCUUUUGUAUACUGUGCUUGUCAUAUCUGUCACCUGCUUUCAUUAAGCAGUUUUAAGUUUUUUGAACUAUUAUUUUUAGUUGUUAAACCUUUUCCAAGUGCGUAGCAGUAUGUAUUUUAACUACAAAUUUCAUCUGGCUUUUGAAAAUUGUUUUUUAUUGUAUUAGUUGGCUUUUAAAUUGUAAUGCUUUGUAUUUGCCUGAUUUGUCUGGAGUAGUUCAGAUUUUUGCAUUUGUAGUUGAUAGUAGAUUUUACAUAUACGUUCUAAAAAGCAUUUUGAAGGGGGUAGAUUGUUACCUGAGUUGUUAGUUACUCUGUGUAAGUCAGAGGAUAGUAUUAUCUCAUACACAAAGUGACAGUGCUUUUAGUCAGCUCAUUCAUGGUGGGUUGAGAAUCGCUGUGUGUAAUGAAUGAUAUUAUUUUGGGAGUUUCUCUUACACGUGACUGGUGAGGAGAGUUGAGAACUACAGUGUAUGAAAUAAGUCACUGUGCUUGUUAGCUUUCUAUAGCUUGGUCACAAGUCCUCUUGUAUGGAGCAUGAGAGUUAUGUUAGGAAAAAUUAUCUUCCCUGUCUUUAGGUCUUCAAACCCAACUUUGUCCUUAGCCAUAACCAUUACAGUGUUCGGGCAUUUUUAACAAAAUUUACAGAGGAGCGAGCUUCUCACUAUCACCACUGCUAGUGGGUUAUGUAGAAGAGCACUUCUGCGUAACUGCUGCAGUUCUUUUACAUACUCCCGUUUAUUGCCCCAAAUAGGCCCUUUAAAACAUGAUGAUGUAUUAGAGAAUCCUGAUGCUGAUGCCAAUGGUAUAGAAGUAAACCGCAUUGAUGUUAUAAGUAAAAACAUAGGUCUAACUUAAUGAACUCAAAAGUUUUAUGUAAUAGUACUUAACUUUACCAUGGAGAUUUAUUCCUGAAAAAUAGGUAUGAAAGUAUAUUUUUAUAAAGAAAUAAUUGUGUUAGAUGUAAUGAAAUUUUUCACUUUAAUUGCAUCCCAUCAACCCAUCUUUUUGUCGAAUGAAUAGCUACUUUUUAAUUUGUCCAGCCUAAGUUUUCGCUUACUGGAUUUGUUUAAAGCAUAUUCUCUGUCCUCUCCUUUCACUUUCUUCCUCCUUCCCAGGUUCCUUCUCUUUCUCUCUCAUUAUCCCACCAUUCACUUUCCUUUCCCACUGCCCUUUUCCUGUGAACUAGCUUUUGUUAUUUUUGAAAAUUAUUCACGUGUCCUUACAUAAACAUUUUUCUUUGUAAAAGAUCCUGUGGUGGUCUUGACAUUACAAUUUUAUAUUUAAAAUUUGUGCAGGAAAUUAAGUAGUGCUCCCUGACUUUUUAGAUCAUACUGAUUACUUUGCUCCCUUGUUCUGUUAAAACUAACUAAAGCAUAUUAGAGAAACAAGUAAUAUUAAUAAAUGUUUUAAUAAUCAUUUGAAUUGACAGCAUAAGAAUAAUUUUUUAAAAACCCCUUUCAAAAGUAAGAGAUUAAAAAAAAUGAAAUUAGAUAUCCUUUGAAUAAGAAUUUUUUUUUUAAUUUAGAAGUUUAUUAAGGAAUUAAAACAUUUUAAAAAGUAUAUCUGCUUCAGGAUUAUUUUCAUCUUAGAUGUGCUCCUUUAUUUUGCAUUCUAAUAGAAUUUACAAAUUUUUGUCUCCAAAUAUGUUAUUUACUAGAUGCAAUAUCUCUUCCAUUUUUGUCUAAAUGUAGUUUUAUGGGGAAUAUGAAAAUGGGCAAUUUACAAUAUGACCAUUAGGUUUUAUAAAUGCAAUUGUGUACUAUUUUAGCUUUAUUAAAUAAUUUUAUUUCUUAAGUUGCUUUGUUCUUGGUAAAAUCAAUGGAGAAACAUUGUUACAUGCAAAUGUAAAUUUUCAAUUUCUGGAAUUGUUAUCUAUAAUUAUAGAAAUGAAACCAGUAUUCUAACAUUGUAUUCUAAUACUUUUUUAGUAAGUCUCAGAACUCUUGCAGAUUAAAAUUCUGCGUGACAAACAAUGACAAAUACUUUUACUCAGGACAUAUAUGGUCUUCUAUAUAUAUAAAAAAUUAGUGAAUAAGGUAAAAGAAAAGAUUAAUAGAAGUAAUGAUUAUCUUUAACCUAAAAUACGUUAACAAAGUGACUAAUCUUUUAAUUUAUUAAGUGCUUACUCUGUUGUCUUUAGCUGCCUUCGACUUAGCCUCGUGUGUUAGGGUAGAUCCGUGCUCUGUAGGACUCUCAAUGGCUAAUUUUUCAGAAGUAGUUUGCCAGGCCUUUCUUCUGAGGUACCUCUUGGUGGACUCAAACCUCCAAUCUUUCAUUAGCAACCUAGGACUUAACUGCUUGCUCUAUCCAGGGACUGUUCUCAGUAGGUUAAAGUAGGAAAAAUGGAUUAUAAUGUCACUUUUCUUUUUUCACUUUUGCUAAUUGAUUUCAUUACUUUUAAGAAUAUCGAUCAUCAUCUUAGCCUAGAAUAUAUUAAUGUCUUUGCUGAUCGGAUAU